AUGUGCCCAAUUCCUCGUAACCGGAAUUCAACGUCUACUGAAACUAGUAAGGCAACUAAGAAAGAAAACGAUGUAGAGUACAACUAUGCUAGUAUCCAGAGUGCACCAGUUUUGAUGCAAACGUUGAGGGUUCGUUUGAAAGGAGAAAAUCCUGUCACCACCAGGUUGUUGAUUGACACAGGUUCUCAAAGAAGUUAUAUAACUCAAGCGCUGGCUACCAGAAUGCGCUAUGAGCCGAUCCGCACUGAGAACUUGGUUCAUGCAUUGUUUGGUGGGAGCAAGACUGAACCCAAGACGCAUCAAUGCUAUAAGGUCCGUCUGCAAAGUUUGAUGAGUGCGUUUUCCUGCAACUUUGAAGUUCUUGACUCGGAACAGAUUUGUCACGCCAUUCCCUCCAUUCCUAAAGGUCUAUGGGUAUCUGAACUUCGCGAGAAGAAAAUCGAGUUGACUGACGACAGAGAGGGCCCAAUUGGCAUUCUUGUUGGAGCGGACGUUGCGGGAAAGCUACUCACCGGGAGACGCGAGGUAUUAAGCUGUGGUUUGGUUGCUAUCGAAACUAGCCUAGGUUGGACCAUAAUGGGCCGCGUUAAGGACGCUGAGACAAGUUGUAUGGUUAACAUCAGUUUGCACUGCGCCCAGGAGUUCGACCCUUCUGAUAUGUGGAGGUUGGAUGUGUUGGGCAUCGAGGACCCCGCUUUGGUUAGUACCAAAGAAGAGGCAAAAACGGUUGUGCGUCGGCACUUCUUGGAAACAGUUAAGAUUUUACCUGAUGGACGAUAUGAGGUAUGUCUUCCAUGGCUGAAGGAACAUCCCCCGCUGCCUCGAAAUUUCGAUCUGGCCCGUGGUAGACUUGAAUCGACCCUAGCCAAGUUACGUAACGGUCAUUUGGUGAAAGAAUAUGAAGCGGUGUUUCAAGAAUGGCUGAAAGAUGAAAUUAUUGAAGAGGUACAGCUUGAUAAGUGGGAUUUCGGACAUUAUUUGCCUCACUGA